AUAGAGUCUUGUACUGUCAAAAGAUUGAGUUGCUCGAGAACACACAGCAGUCCCCGCAUUGAAGCGUUCCUUUCAAAGAACACAUGUGAAAAGACACAAAAAUAUCAGGGUUGUGAGUGAAGGCCAGAUCCCAUCCUUUCAUCAUCAGUAGGGUCUUCUGAUCUGGUGCAUUUAAAGAGAUGCAAAGAUAUGCAUGCAUGGGUCAGUCCCAUCUCGCAACAUCCGAUAUGAAUAUUCGCUCACAUUCAGACAACAACUAGUAUAAAAUUAAGGGGUUGGUCGGGUUCCAUGUAGGUGUCGUCGUGUUUAGAGGAGGGUUUCAAGAAAUGGAGGGUCUGAGGGACGAUUGUUGUGAGGUUCUGGAAAGGGAUGUGAAAAGAGAAGGAGGAGAAGCAGAAGAAGAAGAUGAAGAAAUUAGAGGAGGAAGGGGAGAAGAAGAUCAGUGUGAAAAUCAUGAUGCACUCAAGAGAAGCAUAUCAAGCCACCCUCUGUAUGGGAAGCUCGUUCAAGCUCACCUCAACUGCUUGAAAGUUGGUGGAGCUUGCAAAGAUGACAUGACUCACCAGAUGAUGAUGAAUCCACAAGUACACCUCCGCCAACAUCAACAUGGUGAAGCCAAGAUCAGCACGCCGAGUCAAUCCGAUUUAGACCAAUUUAUGGGAGCUUACUGCUCAGUUCUAAGCAAGUUGAGAGAAGCAAUGGAAGAGCCUCAACUGGAGACCAUGGCUUUCAUCGACGACAUGCAUUCUCAGCUCGAGGACAUGAUCACAACUCCACCUCCUCCUCCUCUUCCUUCCACCUCUUCUCUAUCUGGAGAAACAAAUGCCUGACCCAAGACCAGGAGGGCCUUUGGUCGAGACGAUAGGAAAGAGGUGGUUUCGAAGACCGGAAGAUAACAAGAAUCUGCCGCUCUGGCUACUUCGCUCUUCUUCCACGUCAUGGACUACAUGUGUGUUUCAAAAAUUUAUAUUGUAUGGGGCCGUAACUUAUGAUCGACGGACGUGGUCUUCCCAAGUCUGUCUGCCCCGCCCGAGCACGGUGUUUUGUGUUCUUUCUGUUGUAUUAUUUUAAAAAUCAAUCUGAACGUGCAGAGUGCAUGUACUGGCAUUUGCAUCUACUAAUGAAGGCUU